AGAACAUUUUGUAGCGUCUGAUCUUGUAGCAGCUUUAUUUCUGCAUUUCUGCUGAAAAUAGUACAGCAUCACAACAAAAGGCUCAAUGCGGCUGUGUGUGCGCUUGCUGGUUUUGCUGUUCGGGCUACAGUGUGUUUGGGCUCAGCAGGAUGAGUAUGAUGAAGAAUAUGAAAAUGAAGGAGAAGAAGAAGAAGAAGUGAGGAACGGCAGGAGCAGAGGCAAAAGCAAGCUGUUGACAACCAACAUAACACCAAAAAACAAUGCACAAUCACCUGUGGAUGAGGACUGCUCUCUGGAGCUGGCAUUUUUGUUGGACAGUUCAGAGAGUGCCAAAGACAACCACGGACAGGAGAAGCAGUUUGUGGCUGAUGUAAUUGAACGUGUCCAGAACAUUCGUCUCCAGACUGGACGUGGUUUGAGUUUUAGGUCUGCCCUCCUCCAGUAUAGCAGCCACGUGAUCCAAGAGCAAACCUUCAGCCAAUGGAGAGGUGUGGCCAACUUCAAAGCUAACAUUGCUCCAAUGUCCUACAUUGGGCAAGGGACAUAUUUGACCUAUGCCAUUACAAACCUCACUAAUUUAUACCUGAAAGAGUCAGAGGCAGGCAGUGUGAAGGUGGCCAUUUUACUGUACGAUGGCCAGUCACAUCCAAAAAACCCUGAUAUAUUCUCUGCUGCUGCUGAUGCUAAGAACCAAGGUGUUCGCUUUUUCGCCAUUGGCGUCACGCCUGCGGCCAAUGAACCUCCAAAAAUGGCUCAGUUGAGGCUUCUGGCCAGUUCACCCUCAUCACGCUAUCUACACAACCUCCAGGACAAGGGCAUCGUGGAGAAGAUCAUUAAAGAGCUGGUGGAGCUGGCAGAUGAGGCGUGUCCCUUGAAUAAGAGGUGUGUGUGUGAGAAAGGAGAGAGAGGACCCAGUGGCCCUGCUGGUAAGAAAGGUCGGCCGGGUGAGGAUGGGAGUCCAGGGCCAAAAGGCCAGAAGGGAGAAAGCGGCCUUCAAGGGCUUCCAGGUCGAGAGGGGUCAGAGGGCAAACCUGGGUAUAAAGGAGAGAAGGGAGAGAGAGGAGAGUGUGGAAUGCCUGGUGUAAAGGGAGACAGAGGUUCUGAGGGCCCAGUGGGCACUAGAGGAAGCCGUGGGCUGCAGGGUUUGCCUGGACCUAACGGUGAUGUUGGCCCUGAGGGUCCACCAGGGAAAAAAGGUGAGAGAGGCCUUCCUGGUCCACCAGGACUUCAAGGUGAAAUUGGAAUAGGGCUUCCUGGGCCAAAGGGUGAGAUGGGACUCCAGGGCAGAAUGGGGCCUCCCGGCCCCCCUGGGCUUGGUGAUCCUGGCUUACCAGGACCUCAGGGGCCACAGGGUGUGCAAGGGGAGAAAGGGCCUGCAGGAGAGGGCUUUCCUGGACCAAAGGGAGAGAGAGGCCCUGAGGGACCAAGAGGACCAAGGGGGCCAACAGGACCUGGUAUUAAAGGAGACAAGGGUGACUUCGGACCUCCUGGGUUACCCGGACCACUCGGCCUUCCUGGACUGGGCGUACAAGGAGAAAAGGGAGUGGAGGGGCCACGUGGCCCCCCUGGGGUCAGAGGCCUGCCUGGCGAGGGUUACCCAGGACCAAAGGGUGAUCAAGGGUUACCAGGAGAGUCUGGAGCGCCAGGAGAGAGAGGUUUGGGAGAACCAGGACCAAAGGGUGAACCAGGAGCACCUGGGUUGUCAGGGUUGCCAGGUCUACCUGGAGAGGAUGGAGCUCCAGGGCAAAAGGGGGAACCUGGUGUUUCAGGUUUAAGAGGACCAGAGGGAACACCUGGGGUUGGCACUCAGGGCGAAAAAGGUGACCAGGGCCAGAGAGGAAUCCGUGGCUUAGCUGGACCUCCAGGAAUCGCGGGACCAUCAGGAGCAAAGGGUGAGCCAGGAUCAUCAGGGCGGCUGGGCUUACCAGGGUUACCAGGACGUGCACUAGCAGGACCGAAGGGUGACAUAGGUCCACCAGGUCCUCCUGGCCCCUUGGGGGAAACAGGCUAUGGCCUUCCUGGACCAAAGGGUGACCGUGGAGACCCAGGUCCUCCUGGGCCAUUUGGGCCAAAAGGAGAUGGCUAUCCUGGACCAGCAGGUCCUCCUGGGCUUCCUGGGCUUCCAGGAGAGCCUGGUCCAGAGGGAUUGGGUAUCCAAGGACCAAAGGGUGAUAUUGGGUUCAGAGGGUUGCCAGGACUACCAGGACCUCCAGGAGAAGGACUACAAGGGCCACCGGGCAACUCUGGAAGACCAGGACCUCCAGGUGCUCCAGGACCACAAGGACAGGGAGUUCAAGGGCCAAAGGGUGAGCAUGGAGCUCAGGGCAUGACUGGACCGAGAGGACCACCUGGCGAUGGCUUCCCAGGACCAAAGGGUGACCGUGGUUCUAAAGGGGAAAAAGGUAUAAAAGGGAACAAAGGGGACAUGGGAGAUCCUGGUAACCCUGGGCAACCAGGCAGACAAGGAGUGAAAGGAGAAUCAGGGUUGACGAGAGAAGACAUUAUCAGGAUGAUUAAGGAGAUUUGUGGCUGCGGAAUCAAAUGCAAAGAGCGUCCUAUGGAGCUUGUGUUUGUGAUUGACAGCUCAGAGAGCGUUGGCCCGGAGAAUUUUGAGAUCAUAAAGGAUUUUGUCACGGCACUGGUGGACAGAGUGACGGUGGGUCGCAAUGCCACACGGAUUGGAGUGGUGCUCUACAGCCUGGAGGCCAGAGUGGAGUUUAAUCUGGCCCGAUACAUGACCAAACAGGAUGUCAAACAGGCUGUCCGAAAGAUGCCUUAUAUGGGUGAAGGUACAUAUACAGGCACUGCCAUUCGAAAGGCUACGCAGGAAGCUUUCUACAGCGCUCGGUCAGGUGUCAGCAAGGUCAUCAUUGUCAUCACAGACGGACAGACGGACAAGCGGGAUCCGGUGGUGCUGGAUAUCGCUGUCAGAGAGGCCCACGCAGCCAACAUCGAGAUGUAUGCUCUGGGAAUUGUUAACAUCAGUGAUCCAACACAAGCAGAGUUUCUCAGUGAGCUGAAUCUCAUCGCUUCCCAACCUGACAGUGAGCACAUGUAUCUGAUAGAUGACUUCAACACCCUGCCAGCUUUGGAAUCUAAACUAGUCAGUCAGUUCUGCGAGGAUGAGAAUGGAGCUCCAUUCUUUAACCGCAUCAAUGGUAAUGGAUUUGGUAACCAUGCCAACCGCAUCAACAAUUACCCACAUGGAUUUGGUCACAACGGUAACCAGAUUGGCAGUUAUGGAAACAGCGUGUAUGAGAGCAACCGAGGAGAAACACACACAGGAACUCAUACUGCGACACACAGUGGAUCACACUCCACAACUCAUACUGUGACACCCACUGGCAGAGGGGACAGUUUGCCUGCACCAGUCACUCCAGAUGUCCCUCGAGGGCCACAAACCGCAGAUACUUACACACACUCCAUAUCAGAGCACAGCAGCAGUGUAGACAUUCCAACAGACAACAGAACAUCUUCACACGACAGAGCUUCAUCAGGAUCCUCAUCAUCAUCGUCAUCGUCAUCAUCAUCAUCAUCCUCAUCAUCAUCCACAACUGUGAUAACGUCAUCCAGUUCAGUGCAUUAUGUCCCUGCCCCUCGGCCACCUUUACCUAAAGAAAUUGUACCCCUGGACCCUCGCUGUAAACUGACCCUAGAUCAGGGUCCAUGCCGUGAUUAUAAUAUCCGCUGGUAUUACGACCGGCAGGCCAAUGCCUGCGCCCAGUUCUGGUAUGGAGGCUGUGAUGGCAACCGCAACCGCUUUGACACUGAGGAGGAGUGCAAAAAGACCUGUGUGGUCCCACGAGCAGGAGUCUGAAGAACAAAGAAGAUUUUUGUAAUAGACUAUUACAUAUUGGGUUAAUACCUGUAAUACCUCAACUGUCGAUCUCACUAAGAGAUUUGCACAUAACAGCUGAAAUAGAUAUUUCAUAUAGUUAACAUCUUACUGCUUCUGUGAUUUGUUGUGUAAAUAAUUUCUGUACCUGCUUAGAUCAAUUAAACUAUAUUUUAGCACUAGUUGUGUUUUAGCUGUAUGUUUGUAAUAGCUGUAUUCAGUUCCAAAGAGCCAUUUCAGCGUCUAUCAGUGAAUAAAGAUUAAGAGAUACUUUUUUAAUCCCACAAACGGGGAAAUUCCACCUCCACAUUUAACCCAUCCG